UGCGGAAGACUAGUCUCAUGCUUUAAUGGAAGGACCUUGGAUGAUUGCCGGACACUAUCUCAUUGUGCAAAGAUGGCGACCUUUUUUCUUGGAAUCUGAGAAAUCAGUGAAGAAAAUUGCUGCCUGGAUUCGGAUACCAAACCUCCUUAUUGAGCUCUAUAACCAGAAAUUUCUAUGGAGAGUUGGGUCUACUAUUGGUCACAUGCUCAAAAUUGACCGGUCAACCUCAAUCCAUUCUAGAGGACGCUUUGCUAGGAUUUGUGUCGAAAUUGAUCUUGCUAAAAAACUUGUCCCUAGGAUCUCGGUUCUUGGAUCAGAACUCUAUAUUGAAUAUGAAGGACUGCACCAAAUUUGCUUCUCCUGCGGCAAGUAUGGUCACAGGUCUGAUUUGUGCACUGAUGAGCCGGUGGGUAAGACCGCGGGCCAUGAAGCUGGCGCGGAAGGGAACACUAUGGUUUCCGAAGAUCCACCAUCCGUCGAGACUGAGAACCAAAAUGGAAAGAAGCAAGAUUCUAGCGGUGGUAAUCAAGGGAAUCAAAUUUUCCCUGAUUUUGGGCCAUGGAUGUUAGUUAAACGUAACUUUAGGCGGAAUAAGGGCAUGAAUAAUCAAGGAAAGAUUGGAGGCAUGAUUGGUCAAGAUCUACCUAAUAAUCAGGAAAGAGAAUAUGAGGAAGAUAUGCCCACCAAUGCUAAUGGCUCACGUUUUAUUACUUUGAAUGAGGAAGGAAUAAAUUCUUUGGCUAAGAAUUCCAUGCAAGAGGAAGCCAUUAUAGCUUCAAGUGGGCCCGAGGCCUCAAAGGCCUUAAUAGUGAAUAAUAAGAGUCAAAUCAUUCAAAAAAAAGUCUUACAGGUUGGUGCAGGUAAAAAUCCACAAAGUGGUAAAAUGGGCCCCUUUAAUAAAGUUGGGCCACAAGGAUCUGAAAAAUGGUUAAAGCCUAAUCCUAAAAUGAUCAUCAAGAAUCCUUCCUCCUCUCCUGAAGCUUCCAAGAGCAUUGUCACCGUGUCUCCUACGAAGAAGUCUCGUGAAACUAAUGAUAUAGAAGGGGUAGUGAUAGAGUAUAUGCGAAAACUUCAAAGAGAGCAGAAUGAGGCUUUUGUUGCUAUGAAGCAAGUUGCUACAGGUCGUGAAGGUUUUGUGGUGAGGAAUAAUCCUCUACUGAUGAAUGCAAGCUCCUCUGACUCUCAUAUGGAAAUAGAGGCUGUGCGGAGUCCAGGGAAAGAUCUCGAUAGGCCCCCAGAUGAGAGUAUGACUGAUUCUGGUGGUAGAAAAAUCAAAGAGGGGAAUUUAUCCAUUGGUAAGCAGAAUGGCAAGUUAGGGUCUCAUACCCAGGUGUAACGUUGUCGCUGGUGACUCCCCUAUCCUUUUUUGCUUGUUAUAAUGAAUGUUAUCUGUUGGAAUUGUCGGGGUGUCGGUAGUAAAUUUUUCCACUCUCUUAUUAGAGACCUCAGAAAAGAAUAUAGUGCUAAUUUCAUUAUUCUGUUAGAGCCUCAGAUAAGUGGGUCGCGUGGCGUUCGGAUUAGGAAUAAUAUAGGGUUCGAUAGCUCUUUCAUUGUUGAAGCUAAUGGCAGAUCUGGUGGGAUCUGGUGCCUCUGGGACUCUGGUACUUGGAAGAUUGAUGUCCUGGAUCAUAAUAGCCAGAUGGUGCAUCUCAAGGUUGUUGGUGGUGACUCGACCCCCUGGCUCCUAUCUGCGGUGUAUGGUAGCCGCCAUCGCGUUAACAGAAGAAUCCUUUGGAGUAAUUUGCGAUCCCUGGCGGGUAAUAUUACCAUUCCUUGGUGUUUUCUAGGUGAUUUCAAUGCUAUGCUCCACAAUUAUGAACGAAGGGGAGGCUCUACUAAUGUUGUUCAUAGUGCUUGUUCUGAUUUUCAGAGUUGUAUCUCAGACUGUGGGCUUAUUGAUCUGGGUUUUGUGGGUUGGCCUUUUACUUGGAGAAGAGGUAACAUUGUUGAGAGAUUGGAUAGAGGGUUGAGCAAUUUGGAGUGGCAAUUAUCGUUCCCUGAGGGCACCGUGAGGCACUUGUCCAAUUUUAAUUCUGAUCACUCUCUUAUUUGUCUGCAACCACACACUACUUCCUUUCAAAAUAGGAAUCGGAGGCCUUUUCGGUUUGUUGCGGCUUGGCUGGCGCACCCGGAUUUUUCAAAUUUGGUUUCUAAUUCCUGGGAUGUCUCUUCUUCUUGGAACAGUGGUGUUAUCAGCUUUAAAAAUUUUUUAAAAGAUUGGAAUACAAAUAUUUUUGGGGAUAUUUUCAAGAGAAAAGAACACUCUUGAGAAGGCUUCAAGGUAUUGCUUCCAGUUUGGCUACUAGUUUUAAUCGUAAUUAUUUUCUGGAGAACCUUCAGAAUCAGUUUUGGGAAGAAUAUGAGGAGGUUCUGACUCAUGAAGAAUUACUUUGGUUUCAAAAAUCAAGAUGUAAGUGGAUUGAAUUUAGUGACCGAAACACAAAAUUUUUCCAUGGCUCAACUAUGGUUAGGAGAAGAAGGAAUAAAGUAACUUCCCUCAUUGAUGAUUUUGGUAAUUUGAUCACUGAGCCAAAGUUAUUAGAAGACUUAGCUAAGAAUUUUUUUGUGGAUCUUUAUAAGGACUCCUUGCCUGAUGUUCCUUUUGUUCUCAGUAAUUCAUUCCCUAACGUUAGUAGUGAAGAGCUCAACCAGAUCGGCAGCAUGGUUUCUAAUAUGGAGAUUAAGGAAGUUAUUUUUAAUAUGGGAAGUUUUAAAGCACCGGGAAGAGAUGGCCUCCAAGCUGUUUUUUAUCAAAGUCAAUGGGAUCGUGUUGGAACUGAUCUGUGCUCCUUGGUACAACAAAUUUUUGUGGAGCCAGAGAAAGUUGGGAAAAUUAAUGAAACCCUUAUCACCCGUAUUCCUAAAUCUGACUCGGUUACCAGCCUCAAGCAAAUGCGCCCCAUCAGUCUUUGUAAUGUCACUUAUAAAGUGGUUACCAAGAUUAUUGCUAAUCGACUGCGGAAGCUCAUGAACAAUAUUGUCCAGCCCACCCAAUGUAGUUUUGUUCCAGGUAGACAAAGCUCUGACAAUAUUAUUAUUGCUCAGGAGGUGAUUCAUUCAAUGAGAAAUAAAAAAGGGUUCGAGAGGCUGGAUGGCUAUCAAAAUUGAUUUGGAGAAGGCUUAUGAUAGGCUCAAGUGGAGUUUUGUUGAAGACACGCUCAAGGAUAUUGGUUUUCCUUCUCAGAUGGUUAAUCUUAUUCUUCAUUGCAUUUCUACAGCCAGAAUGAGAGUUUUAUGGAACGGUGAAGAACUUGAUGAAUUUACUCCUUCUAGAGGCAUUCGUCAAGGAGACCCCAUCUCCCCUUAUAUUUUUGUCCUCUGUAUAGAAAGGCUCUCUCAGCUUAUUAAUGCGGCAGUUGAUCAUGGCUUCUGGAAACCUAUUCGCCUUAAAAGGGAUGGGCCUGCCUAAUCUCAUUUGUGUUUUGCGGAUGAUCUCAUUCUUUUCUCAGAAGCUAGACUUGAACAAGCUGAGAUUAUUAACAAGUGCUUGGCAGCCUUUUGUGAUAGUUCUGGUCAGAGAGUUAGCUAGGAAAAAACUAGAGUUUUCUUCUUCAAAAAUGUGGGUAACAAUGUGCGCGCCGAAAUCAGUAGUUCUCUGCACUUCUCCAGGACGGAUGAUCUCGGUAAAUACUUGGGGGUUCCUCUCCUACAUUCCAAAGUUUCGAAGCAUACUUUCAACGAUAUCAUUAACAAGUUGAAUGCGAGAUUAAAUUCUUGGAAGGCCUCAUCCUUAUCCUUAGCUGGCAGAGCGACUCUGGUGAAAUCUGUUCUUUCUUCUUUACCUAUUUAUACUAUGCAAACUGCUUUGUUACCUGUCUCUACUUGUAAUGUUAUUGAUCGUAAAUGCAGGAGUUUUCUUUGGGGUGAAACUAACAGCUCCAGAAGGAUUCACCUUCUAAGCUGGGAUAAAGUUUGCAAGCCUAAAAAGUCAGGAGGGUUAGGUAUUCGCCACGCCAGCACUAUGAACCACGCGUUCAUGGUGAAAGCGGGUUGGGGCCUAGUAGAAAGGAGGGAUUCUCUUUGGGCGAAGGUGGUUCGCUCAAAAUACAACGGAGGGAAUGACAUUAUUUCAAGAGUGGAAAGGAAGAGACAAGAAUCAAAUUUUUGGAAAGGCAUUUGCAGAGUUUGGCCUGAAGUUCAACAGAACCACAUCUGGAGAAUUGGAGAUGGAUCCAAAAUUAAUUUUUGGAACCAUAACUGGGUCCCUGAGUUAGGGCCGUUGGUGCAACAUGCUAAUCAGGUUAGUUGUAAUAUUGAUGAGUUUAGUUUUCUUACGGACUUUCUUUUGGUAACAGGGAACUGGGACGUGGGGAAGCUGGAUACUUGGCUGGCCGAGGAUGUUAUUAAAAAGAUAGUGGCUAUUGCACCCCCCUCACCUUGGAAACAAAGUGAUCAUAUUGCUUGGAACCUUUCCUCAGAUGGAGCCUUCAACCUGAAGAAGACAUACCAGAAGCUUAACAGAGACUCUUCUAGUCAGAAUGAUAGGUUGUUCAGCCUGAUCUGGUCUUGGAAAGGACCUGAAAGGAUCCGGUCUUUUAUGUGGCUGACCUCUCACGGUGCUAUCUUGACAAAUUUGGAAAAAACCCGACAUCAGCUUUCCAAUACUGUAACCUGUCCGCGUUGCAACACUUGUGACGAAUCCAUCAUUCAUGUCCUCCGCGAUUGUCAGUUUGCUAAAAGAAUCUGGGUUCCCCUUUUACGUAACGUUGGUCUUAAAGCAGAUUGGUUCGCUGGUUUCCUCCUAUAGAGGGCCGUCUCAAGCUCAAUGUGGACGGUUCGUUUGUUUCUCACUCAAAUGGUGCUGCUUGUGGUGGUAUUAUUAGAAACCAUCUUGGUCACUUUUUGAAGGGGUUCACUUGCAAUUUGGGGAGCUGCUCUAUAAUGCAAGCAGAGCUCUGGGGUAUUAAUCAUGGCUUACAAGUUACGGCUGCUAAUAAUAUCACGAACAUCAUUGUGGAGUCAGAUUCUAUCUCGGCUUUAAACUUCAUCAAGAAAGGGUGUCCUGGUUCCCAUCCUUGUGCUCCUCUGGUUGCUGAUAUCUGCAUGUUAGUAGGUCGUAUUCCUAAUAUUCAAUGGUCCCAUACCCUUCGCGAAGCAAAUUUUGUAGCGGAUCAUCUUACCAAGAAAGGACAUGAGUUGCCUUUUGGUGUCCACCUCUUUGAUGCUGCUCCUCCUGACAUCCUCCAUAUGUUGGCGCAUGAUUGUUCGG